UACCCUAAUUAUAAGAAGACACGAUUUUACCUGUCCACGCUAAGAACGGUGUUCACGAUCCUGCUGUACACUCUAAUCUCCUGGCUAGUAAACCAGGGACGCGCCAAGAAGUCAAUUCUCAAGAUCCUCGGAACUAUCGCUAGUGGGUUCAAGCACAUGGGGUUCCAAAGACGAAAUCUUUUGUGGGAUAUUUGCCAGCAGCGGUUAUUGUGCUGCUGAUUGAGUACAGUGGAUGUUCUGCGCCAUUCUCGAAUACUAGUUUCUAGACUUCCGGCUAACCGGGAAUAAGUUCAGGAGAUUUCGGAACCGUUUGGCAGAAUUAGCAGCUGCCCGCUUAACCCAUCCCAGGACCUCAUUGCGAUCGGAAUCACCAAUAUAUUUGGCCCAUUCUUCGGCUGAUAACCCCCCACUGGAUCAUUCUCCUGUACAGCUAUCAAGUCAGAAGCCGGUGUGCUCACACCCUUUGCUGGAGUAAUUACCGAUAUCGUCUCCCUGCUAUCUGUUUACCACUUUACCUCCAUGUUCUCCUAUAUCCCCAACUCCAGUCCCUACUGCCACCAUCCAUGCUGUCAGUGAUCUAAUCAUCCCUCCAAACAAGGUAUACAAAUUCUAGUGCAUUUUCCCUUUGGAAAUGAUCAUCUUCUUCGCUGGUGCCUUUGACUGUUUUGCGUCUAUUGAAAAUGAAAUAUACAUUACUAUGGCGUUGUCCACUGGCGUUAUGUCCAUGAUUGGGACGGCGAGGGGGGCAUCUGCUGGGUAAAGUUGAGGCCCGCUCUGUCACGGAUGAUAGUCUAUAUGGCGUCGAUAACAGAAGUGGCUGGGAAAGCGGGGUGGCGCUGUAUAAUGUGCCAGGUGAACUAGUGAAGGACGGCACCGCGAACAAGACUCCAGCCCGCAGUCCCAAGAACUGUGUUAGAAACUCUUGCUUACCACUAGAUCUAGGAGAUGGCUCAAGCCCAAGCUUAAAGUCG